UAAUAAUCGUUCUUGUUUUUUCCUUCGUUAUUAUUUCUCAACAAACACCGCCUCCACCCAUCAAAAAAUUAUGGAGGAGGAAAGGCUGACUUCUGCAUAGCAACAGCAGCUCAAAUCAUUGUGUGAGCCACUGUCUGUUUUGUCUACGUCUUCUCUUCUCUCCCCUCUACGUUCCCUUUCUUUUAUUUUUUCUUCCAUCUGUCUGUUUUUCUUUGGACCCAAACAGUGUUCAAGAAGAUUAUCUGUUUCCUCUUUCUGUUUGAUAUGGCUAUUAGAAACUGUGUUAAUUUCUUAAGCUGGUUUACUGGAAUUCUGGUUUGAAAAUAAUUACACCCACUUCAUCAAAUAAGAGGAUUUUCUUUCUAUGAUUCCGGUGUAAUUUCUAGCGUCUAAAUUUUCUGCAACACAUAGUUAAAAACCCAGAUCUUUCUUUCACAUGGUUAAAGAUUUUUCAGUGAUAAAUCAAGUACCAUUUAUGAGACUGGAAGUGAAAACCAAGGAUGUUGCUUUUAAUAUUGGUUGUCUUCCUUAUCUUUCUCUUCCUUUUGCUACUGGUCCAGUGGUGGACGAUUCCUGCAAAUUGAGUCGUUGUCCUUUUUGAGCACUCAUUACUACCCAACAGCAUCUAACCGGAGUUGUAGUUAGUGUAAUUCUCGUCCUUUUUAGCAGAACUAUGUUUUUCUUGAGCUUUUGUUUCUUUAACUGAACCCACAUAGGUUUGUACCUUCGCAAUAUUCCCAGCAAAGCAAUCUCAAUAUUCCAUAUCUAAGGUUGGCUUUUGUUUUGAAGAAUGGAUUUGUUCAUAUUAGGUGGGCAGUUUUAUCGUUUCUGAACUUAAGAUAUGGCUCAGGAGAUAAUGCUAGAGAACCUCAAGAAACAGCUUGCUCUUGCUGUGAGGAGCAUUCAAUGGAGCUAUGCAAUCUUCUGGUCCAUUUCUGCUACACAACCAGGAAUGUGAAUUCUAUAGGGUGUUGGAGUGGGGUGACGGGUACUACAAUGGAGAUAUUAAGACGAGAAGAACAGUUCAACCCAUGGAGCUUAAUGCAGACGAAUUGGGUCUACAGAGAAGUGAACAACUGAGAGAACUCUAUGAGUUUCUUUCAGCUGGUGAAGCCAGCCCACAAGCUAGGAGACCUUCAGUAGCAUUAUCUCCAGAAGAUCUCACAGACACAGAGUGGUAUUACUUGGUCUGCAUGUCUUUUGUAUUCAAUAUUGGCCAAGGCUUGCCAGGAAGAACCUUAGCAACUGGCCAGCCUAUUUGGCUGUGCAAUGCUCAUUUUGCAGAUAGCAAAGCUUUCAGCCGCUCUCUGCUAGCUAAGAGCGCUUCUAUUCAGACUGUAGUGUGCUUUCCAUUCUUGAGAGGUGUGGUUGAGCUAGGCGUGACUGAGCUGAUAUUGGAGGAUCCAAGCCUCAUUCAUCAUGUUAAAACUUCAUUCUUGGAGAUUCAAUACCCUAUAGUUGCUACAAAGACCAGUACAAGAAGUGACAAAGAACUUGCUGAUACUGCUUGUAAUCAGGAUAACCUUGACGUCAAAUUAAUUUCAGUGGCAAGAUGUGAAGAAUUGGAUGUAGUUUCCCACAAUGACAUUUCAGAUAAUCAACCAGAGGAGGAUUCAUUUAUGGUUGAGGAGAUAAACGGAGGAGAUGAUGGCUUCAGCAACUGUGUUCAUAAUUCCUUGAAUUCUAGCAACUAUACAUCUCAAUCCAUUGCAGAUCCUGUGAAGCUUGCUCCUGUUCCGAACAACGAAACAGUCAAGAACCGUAUGUCGAAGGAUGUUCAAGACAGAAAUCACAAUAAACUGACUGCACUUGACCUUCAAAUUACAGAUGGUUUUCAUUAUCAAAGCAUUCUUUCAUCUCUCUUAAAGACCACGCAUCCGUUAAUUCUUGGACAACAUUUUCAAGAUUGUAACGAGGUAUCUAGCUUUGUAAGUUGGAGGAAACUGGGAUUGCUGCAUUGUCAGAGACCAAGAAGUGCACCCUCGCAGAAACUAUUGAAGAAGAUUCUGUUUGAAGUUCCUCGGAUGCAUGUCAGUGGCUUGCCAGAUUCCCCAGAAGACAACAGCAAUAACGUUGGAGUUCUGAUACCAGAGGCAGAUGAUUUUAGUGCAAAUCAUGUAUUAGUUGAGAGGAAACGAAGAGAAAGAUUAAAAGAAAAUUUUAUGAUUCUCAAAUCGAGUUUUUAUUCAAUCAAAAGGGCUGAUAAAGUAUCUGUCCUAGAUGAGACAAUAGAAUACAUGCAAGAGCUUGAAAGAAGAGUUGAAAAGUUGGAAUCAUGUCGGGAGUUGACAGAAUUAGAUGCAAGAACAAGAAGGAGAGAGAGGACAUCUGAUAACUAUGGCAGAAACAAAACUGGUAACAGCAAGAAGCCGCCAGUAAACAAGAGAAAAAUCUGCAAGAUCGAUGACACAGAGACAGAGAUGGACUAUGACAUAUCAGUUAGUGUGAAUGAUAAGGACGUAAUAAUCGAGAUCAAUUGCCCAUGGAGGGAAGGAUUAUUGCUUGAGAUCAUGGAUGCAGCAGCAAGCCAUCUGCAUUUAGAUUCUUACUCAGUUCAAUCCUCCACCAUUAAUGGGAUUCUUUCUCUUACAAUCAAAUCUAAGCAGAAGGGAUUAACAGCUGCAUCAGCUAGAGAGAUCAAACAAGUAAUUGAAAGAGUUGCUCGUAAAUAUUGAAGCUUGGCCUCACAUGGAAGUCUGUCUUCUUUAUCAUUGUAACUUCACUGCUUCAGUUAUAAAAUUAUGCAUCUUUGGGUUAUUUAGUAAAUCAUGGUUAUAAAAACAAGUGAUUUUUCCUUCAUGUUUAUCCCUUAAUGAGCAAAAAUGAACUUGUUUUGAA